AUGGGGCACAAAAAUAAUCUGUUUUUCUUUUACCCCGAUUAUUAUCCCCAGAACCCCCAGAUUAGUUUUGUUUACACGUGUGAUCUCUCUCUCUCUCUCUCUCUCUCUCUCUCUCUCUCAAGUAAGUGCCAUACAGGGCCUGGCCCGAGCUUCAAAAGGCCCAGGUCUGGGCCGGCCCGUUAAUUUCCUUGCUUUUCAAUUAUUAAUUAUUGGCUAUUUUCCAUCUACCAAGGUUAUAAGUCAACCCAAUUUUCGUAAAUAAUCGUUUAUAAAAACUGACGAAUAUUCCUGAAAUCAAGCCGGGCCAGAAGAUUAAAAAAGUAUCAGGUGGCGCAGUAGACCGCUACCAGGGAGUGGUGCAUAGGACGGAAGAUUCUGUAACGGUGGUCCGAGAAUUUGAGCUCAGCGUUCAAGCCUCUCGAUUCCAGAUAAGGCGGGGAAGCUGGGCCUCCAACAAGGUAGCGGGAAGAUCGCCGGAGACGGACGAGGCCGCCGCCGCCACCGCUAGCGCCGCCGCCGCCACCGCUAGCGCCGCCACUGGUGUUUUCUUUCGACGUGGCAUCUGAAUGGCGACUAACAUGCUCAGAAUCACCCCGCUACCGCCGGCCCAGGCCACGGCGGCGCCGCCGUCUCUCGUUCUACGCGGCCGAACUCGCCACCGGGGCCCCUCCUCCCCCGCCCGCCUCUCUGCGCACCAAUGCGGUCGUGUGCUUCUCCCUGUGGCUGUUCGUGUCCAGGAGAGGGACCAAGUGCGUCUUCGCGCAGUCUCGUGAUCACAUCGAGAGUCGGCAAUUGUUGCGUACAUUCUCUUGAUCUGAUCAUCCUCUCUCUCUCUCUCUCCUUCUCUCUCUAUCUAGUUUAUCGCAGAAAAAGAAGGCAUCAAGAGGUGUUCCAGCUUGCUGAUACAAUGUGGUGCUUUAAUGGCCUCUGUAAGUAAAUCCCCUCCUCUUCUUCCUCUUUCAGUGGUUACGCUGAGAUUUCUCUCGACUUGUCGGCUCGCAGAUCGCGCAACCGGCGAUAGCAGUGACGGGGAGCAACAACAACUUCGACGAUGACCUACCGUCUAUGCUGAUACAGUCCGCAAUCAUCGCCUUCUUCUACUUCUUGGUGGUGCCGGUGAGUCGCCGGGAUUGAAAGGGGAAUCCCAUUUUUGUGCUAUUUUUCUGGGUGAAGGACAAGCCCCUGUUUAUCUGUAUGAGCUGUUUGCAACUGCAGCCCGUCCUCAUGAACUGGAUGAGGCUGAGAUGGUACAAGCGCAAGUUCUUCGAGAUGUACCUGCAGUUCAUGCUUGUGUUCAUCUUCUUCCCCGGGUGAGUGCCCUUUGCCAUGACCCGUUUCAGAUCUUCUCUGCUUGCGCAUCAGGUAUGGAUGCAUGCAACCUGAAAACUCAGGAAUCAGAAUUGAUGGAGGGAAACAUAUUAGGGGAUUAUUUCCUUGUUACAGUCUCUGAAGUGAACUGAAUCGUUGAUCAGCGCAUGCGAUCUGCACGGAAAAUGAAAUAAUCGGUGGAAGAACAUGCUUUUCUGUCAUUAUUUUAGUUCAAUUAGAUAUCAGAACAGAGAAUAUUAAUCGAUAGUGCUCCCCAUUUCAUGUAUAUUUUCGAAAAUAGACACUUAUAUGCCCAGUAAUUAUUGAGUGAGAUCCUGCAAACGAGUGCUUUUCUUGGAUCACUGAUUACAAUACCCUGAUCUAUGAAGCUUGCUACUCUGGGCGCCGUUUCUGAACUUCAGGAAAUUUCCAAGGGAUCCCUCCAUGAAAUAUCCUUGGUCAACUCCUUCGGUUGUGCCUAUGAAUAACCAGAAACCACGAUGA